AGCAUCUGAUUACAAACAGACACUAGCAGGCAUCGGAGGACAGAACACACUCACUAUUUGUGCUUUUCCUUCCCCUCCAAAAAAACAAACAAACAAUUGUUUACAUAUCACUCUGGAAACUUUUUUUUUUAACCGACGAAAGAAAAGCAUUGCCCUGUGGUCAAAUUACCGGGUCUUCUCAUCGUGUAAAUGGCUGAGGGGGGUCGACGGGUGACUGCGGAGUAAACUUGCAAGAUGUCGCAGUUUGUGGGGGUUUAAAAAAGGACUUACGGCUGUGUAUUAUUACCGGGCUGCACAUCCAUCGAGGUGGUCAAACUCCGGGAGUACUGUGUGUUUGUUCCUCCAGGUCGGAGAGAAACAGGCCCGAGGAGACAAAGACUGUCUUCUGUUUGGACAUCUGUCCUUCUGUUUUUUCGUCUCUGAUAAGUAUUUUCUGUAGCCGCCACCAUUCCGUGCUGUAAGGGCGACCCCACAAUGUCUUCCAAUGGAGACCUCAGCGACCUGGGGAGCUCGGACAGCUUCUGGGAGCCGGGACACUACAAGAGGACGGUGAAGCGGAUAGACGAUGGCCACCGGCUGUGUAACGAGAUGGUCAGCUGCUUCCAGGAGAGGGCGAAGAUAGAGAAGGGUUACGCUCUGCAGCUGAGCGACUGGGCCAAGAGGUGGAGGGGCGUCGUGGAGAAAGGUCCUCAGUAUGGGACGCUGGAGAAAGCGUGGCACGCCUUUAUGCAGGCGGCCGAUCGGCUCAGCGAGCUGCACCUGGAGCUGAGGGAGCGCCUGGUGGUGGAGGACAGCGAGAAGGUGCGCAACUGGCAGAAGGACGCCUACCACAAGCAGAUGAUAGGGAGCUUCAGGGAGACCAAAGACGCAGACGACGGCUUCCGCAAAGCACAGAAACCCUGGGUCCGAAAACUGAAGGAGGUGGAGGCCAGUAAGAAGGGAUACCAUCAGGCCAGGAAGGAGGAGUGGACGGCGGUUACCAGGGAAACGCACGCCAAGGCCGACCCGACCAAGUCACAGGAGGAAGUUCGCAAAUUCACGGUCCGGGUGGAGCGCUGCAACGAGGAGGCCGAGAAGGUGAAGGAGCGCUACACGAAGGCCCUGGAGGAGCUGAACCGCUGUAACCCUCGCUACAUGGAGGACAUGGAGCAGGUGUUCGACCUUACCCAGGAGGCCGAGCGUAAGAGGCUGUGCUUCUUUAAAAGCGUCCUCCUGGACAUCCACACACACCUCGACCUGUCCACCAAAGAAGGGUUCAACGCUCUGUACCGGGACCUGGGUCAGACCAUCCAAGUAGCCAAUGACACGGAAGAUCUCCGAUGGUGGAGGAACACCCACGGACCGGGAAUGAGCAUGAACUGGCCCCAGUUUGAGGAGUGGUCUCCGGAGGCGAGUCGCUCAAUCAGCAAGAAGGUGCGAGGUGGACACUCCGAGGACAACGUGGUCACCCUCACCAACAUCGUCUCCUCGGGGGGGAACGAAGCUCCGCCCAGCCCCAUCACCGUGGACACCGGCAGGGUGAAAGAGUAUUCGUCAGACUGGUCAGAUGAGGAGAGUCCUAAGAAGGUGGCGGUGAACGGCGUGGGGGAGGCUGAGGACGAGGAGGAUCAGGUAGAGGGGGAGCAAGUCCGAGCGAUCUAUGAUUACGAGGGCCAGGAGGCCGAUGAGCUCAGCUUUAAAGCAGGCGAGGAGCUGCUGAAGCUGGGGGAGGAGGACGAGCAGGGCUGGUGUAAAGGACGACUGAGCACUGGUAAGGUCGGUCUCUACCCCGCCAACUACGUCCAGCCCUCCUGAUGGCCUGCCCAGCCUAUGGUACAACAAGAUGCCAGGACCAAUCACAAGCUAGUAGUGCUGACAUGGAGACGCUGAAACCAGACAGUUUUCUGGUGACUGACUGUUGAAACAUCUUUUUUUUAUCAGCCAGUUAGAAAAAAAGUCCACUCAUUGUGAAAGGCUGUUUACUCAACCUGGGGUCGAUGACCUUGUUUUUUGGAAGAAGAUUUACAGGCAAAGAGAAGUCCAGGGAGGCAUGCCAACACAGACUCUGUAGAGAAACAAGGAAGCAAAUGUGAUCAAACUCUGGAUUUUUAGUUGCAAGAGUGUUUAAUCCAAGAGGAGACAGCCUGGGUGCCGCAUCUGCGAGUUACCACCAAGGCUGAGGGGAUUGGCUGAAACACAUGUCAAUCAAUUUCCGUAGUGCUUUUUUGUAGAAGAUAUCAUUUUACAUUUUGGGAAAUAAAAAAAUUAUUAUAUGCAGUUUGUUGCAAGGAUAGACGCAACGCAAUGUUAGCUUAGCAUAAAGACUGAGAAAGACUUCCAAGUUCUUAUGUCUGUCUUUGGGAGUAAAAGCCCAAUUUUAUUCUGACAGACAAUAUAAUUGGUUGCCUUCUGUCAGAGCUAGGCUAGUUUCCCUAUUGUUUCCAGUCUUUAUGCUAAGUUAAGCUAACCAGCAGCUAGCUGACGCCUUGUAUUAGCUAUAUCCGUCUUCAAAUGUUACUUUAGGCAAGUGAUUAAACUUAUUUCCCAAACUUCAAAACACAUUUGUUAAGCCUCACUGUUCUCAUCCUUAAAUAAAGUCGUCUUCUUAUCUGGGGAAACAUUUUAAAGCUUUUUUCAGUAGAUGUUGGUGCACUUUGAUCCAGCCCCCCUAGUGUCUUCUAGAGGAACUGCAGCUGGAAGCACCUUCAACUUCCUCUUCGCUCAGGGUGGUUCCUGCUUGGAUUAAAGAGAUAUAAACCAAUUAAAGACUGUCAGUGCCUUAGUCAGCGAGGCCAGAAAUGUUGCGGCGCCGCCCUGCUGUCUGGCAAGGAACUGCAGCCGCCUGACUGACCUCUAGUCUGAUCCCAGUAGAAUCUGUUUUACCUUCUGAUUGGUUUGUUUAGCUCGACGUCGGCAUGCUUUGGUUCAUUUGUAGAUCUUUAGGUGUGACACUGAAUUCACUUUCUUUCCUUUUUUUUAUGUGAUAGCUGUAUGUUUAUAUCAAGUCAACAGAUUUAGAUCUUGGAUGGUGUAAACUGUUGCUACAUGUUUCUUUUUAAGAAUAGCAUUUUUACAGUCAACUUAUUUACUUUCUAAUUUAUUGCCCUUUUUAAUUUACCAAUCAUUUUUCUAGGUUAAGGUGGGAAGUUGACUGUUAGCAUUUGGCCCUUUUAACCUGUGGAAAGUGUUUUGUUGUGCUGCGACCAUGAAGCACACGCAAAACAAACACCUUGAAUAAUUGAUCAUAUUCUGUCAGUUUUUGGGGUUUUUCAUGUUUAAGUUUGUUGUUUGUGUGUGAGGGGGCUUCCUCUGUCCUGCUGAUGUGAGCAUCGCUACAGCUAACCCACGUAGACGUCUGAAUAAUAAGAGAGGUUAUAGAGAUAAUUAACGCUAAUGUGCUGCUCCUUUUUUCCUUUUCCUUUACAAAAGUAUAACAUGUACAGAACAUUACGGUGGAAGCAACAAUAAAGUGCUUUCUGGA